UGGAGGUGCAGGCACGCCGGCCUGCUGACCUCCUGCAGCUCCUCGUCAGACGGCCGGCUACUCGUUUGUGCCGCAGAUCCACAGAACAGCAUUUACAUCAGCGACGCGGCGAGCGGACAGACGCUGCACCACGUCGGUGAUCAUCACCGCUCCACCAUCACCCGCUGUCGCUUCGACCCGCAGAGUCAGCGGGUGGCCACCGUGUCUGCGGACCGCAGCAUCAAACUGUGGGACCUGCUGGCUCACAAAACCACCGUGUCCAUCAACAGUAACCACAACAACGUUGUCUCUGACUGCUGCUUCACUAACAACGGCUCCUUCCUGUGCACGGCAUCAUGGGAUAAAAGUCUGAAGCUGUGGGACCUGCAGGCCGGAGGGUUUCGGUCUCAGGGCGGGACGACGCUGCAGAGAGGCCACGAAGGCAGCGUGAGCUCC